CUUCUCAUCUUGCCGCAUGAAAAAAAGGAGAAAAGAUAAACCAAAAGCGUAAAUUAAUUAUUUCCAGUCGCCUGACAGCUUCCCUUGUAUUACACCUUUUUGGUUCCUGGACCCUUCUCUGCCCACCCACCUUACACACUCAGCCCCGAUGCCAUCUGACCUUAAUUUGAAAAAGUCAUGGAAUCCAAAACUCCUCAAAAACAGAGAAAAAGUCUGGGAGAAAGAGCACCAGAUCUACGAAGAGUAUAAACGAAACCAGCAAUACCAGGCAAAGCUCCAGGAGACCAAGGAAAAGGAUGAACUCCUUUCUCUCGUCGACAAGACCAAGCCCGCAAAAAAAGACACAAAAACAGACUGGAUUUACCAUUCACCAGCUGCUUCCGGUGCAGACUCCUUGUCAACUGCUAACGAGGACGUUCUUUUGGGUCGGACUCGCAUACAGGAAGGGACCAUAAAAAACGACAGCGCCAAAACCACUACCUCUAAAAUCGACAAAGUGCUGACAACGGGCGUCACCACUGCCAGACCUGAUAAAUCGGAACCUGAACAACUCUCAAAGACUGAUCCUCUGUACGCAAUAAAGUUGCAGCAGCUGAAGCGCAAAGAACUCAUGGAAAAGCAGCGGAAGAUCGACAAAUACAAGAAGAGAGAAACGGAAAGAAAAGGCAAGCACAGACAUAGCCAUCACCACCACCGUCACCACCACCGUCAUGACGACUACAAAUCAAGCGAUGAACCAAAGCGGUCAAGUUAGAAUUC